AUGCUGAGUGCUUUUGCCGCGCGCAAAGCGGCACAGGCAGCUAAUAAUGCUAACGUUGCCCCACCUCCACCUUCACCCUCAGAGCCGUCCAAGCCAAGCUCAAAGCGUAAGCUAAGCGCCCAAGCACCAAACUCUUCCCGUAAAAAGAAGAAGAAAGAGGCAAAGAAGAAGGCACGAUAUUUUGAGGAGGGUAUCGACUCGGCAGAUAUCAUCAUCGUGGACUCUGGGGAAGAAGACGAAAACGAAGACCCUUUGGAUCCACAGGAGCUUGUCAUCGCUGGAAAACGUGCAUAUUCACCGAGUGCACAGGUCAAUGACUCAUCAGACGACGAAGUCCAAAUUCUCGAUGUGCCAAUCCCACCUAGCUCUUAUCGAGCUCCCGCCCUGGCCCCUCCCCAGCACAAACUCUCUACCUUUUCACCAAUAGCCGAUAUCAACACUUUCCAGCUGUUGCCUGAAGAACUGGGGCUGCUUGGCCUCCAGUCUGGCGUAUUGCUUUCACUGUCUCCCGGUCUGCAGCUGGUGCUAGCAGGCGUUUAUUCGCUGACCGUGUUGCGCGGAACGGUCUCAAUAUAUGGCGCCUCUCUGACGGCUUCAACCACAUCCUAUCGCGUUUUCGCCCCGCGUAGUGCCCCAAUCCCAGUCAUCGAGGCAUUAAACUCGUCCUCUCUGCUCCAAAUUAGUCUCCCAGAACGUUUGCAGCCCGCAUUUUCCGGCGCCAAUGAUGCUGUCUUGGUCAUCAGUGCCCUUCAGACUGGCGUCGAAAGGCUGGGCCAGGUCUGUCGUGUGUUUGAGGGCGUGUUUUCUCCCCCUCGUUUGUACUCCGGACUUCGGCCCCAACAUGAACUUGUCAAGGGAGCCAAAAUGCUUGUGGAUGCGAGCAAAGAUAUCCAGCCCCUAUUCUUCCCUCCUACGUGGGUGAAAGCUUUAGAUGCGCUGCACGAGCUAAAAGAGCGCACAAUCAUCGUGAAGGGUGCCAAAAAUGUCGGCAAGAGCACCUUCUCUCGUGCUGUAUUGAACCGCUUGUUGUCUCGCUACAAGAGGGUUGCCUAUCUCGAUUGUGAUCUCGGUCAAUCAGAGUUCACUCCUGGAGGCUUAGUUACCUUGAAUGUCGUGGAACAGCCUGUAUUGGGCCCUCCUUUUACCCAUCCAACUAUCCCCAGUUUCGCCCAUUACCUUGGAGCUACAAGCCCCAGACAUUUGCCUUCCCAUUACCUCGCGGCCAUCCAGUCGCUGCUUGAAAAGUACCGCCUCGAAGUAAUGACUCUGAUUGCCGAUGACGAAGACGACGAAGACGACCGAAUCUCAGAUAUGGUGCCCCUCAUUGUCAACACGAUGGGUUGGGUCAAGGGACUAGGUGCAGACCUAACCCAAAGGAUCGAAGAAUUAGUCCAGCCAACCGAUGUGUUCGAGCUGGACAACAAUACCAAUGCGUCUCCAGAAGCAGAAAAUAUCCACUGUUUAGAGCCCAUAGCUCCGUCGUCCCUGACAUCGAAUUUUACCGCUGCAGACCACCGUUCUAUCGCCUUCCUCUCGUACUUCCACGCCCAAUUCACUGAUCCAACUGGUGUGAGGUGGAACACGACGGUUCCGCUGUGCGGCCAAAGACCUUAUGAAGUGGAUUGUAACGCUGCAUUUGACCAGUUCAUACUAUGUGGCCCAGGCAGCGAGGACAUCAUACCCGAAGAGCUCACUCGUGUUCUCAACGGCGCGAUUGUUGGCCUAGUGGAAUGUGACUCUCGCUCGUCUGAUGUUCUUUAUGUGCAAGGGGCUGAGCUCCCUUCGCCAGCGACUUCUAUCUGCCAUGGCCUUGCGGUCAUUCGUGCUGUCUCUCCGACAGGGUCACACCUACAAGUCCUCACGCCAGUUACCCCGAAUCUCAUUCCUCGAUGUCGGGUUCUUGUCAAAGGCGAACUCGAGCUUCCUGUUUGGGCUUUGCUCGACUGGACAAGCACGGAGGAGGGCGAUGUAGCUGGCAUAGAAAAGUCCCGAGUACCUUAUUUGCAAUGGGACAAAGGCGAGGGCCUCGGUGGCGAGAAACGAAGGAUAAGGCGAAACCUGAUGCGUAGAGCACAAAGGUGA